GCUGCGCUGCAUUGUUCUUGCACCACCUGUUGAUUUUCGCUAUGACUAUUUGACAAGCAUCAUCAGGCAUUUUCUCAACCUCAGGGCACCUUGAGUGGCGUUAGAUCCUACUGUCUGUCCAAUAGCAUUUCACUUCUUUGAGACUGAAUCGCAGAAGGGACAAUGAUGAAGGCACCGUGUAUUCUCUUCCUCUGCCUCGUCGGCACAACUUUUGCUUUUCCAGAGCAUCUUUUUGGUUCGCGACAGUUUGCCGAUCCUGACCCCGUCGUGAAACAUUGGGCUCUCCUUGUUGCGGGUUCAAAUGGAUGGUACAAUUACAGGCAUCAGGCCGAUAUUUGCCAUGCCUAUCAGAUCCUACACAAGCAUGGAAUUCCAGAUGAGCAGAUUGUUGUUAUGAUGUAUGAUGAUAUUGCCAACAAUGAAGAAAAUCCCAAUAAAGGGGUAAUCAUCAACAAGCCAAAUGGACCUAAUGUUUAUCCUGGAGUACCCAAGGAUUAUACUGCAGAAGAUGUAACUCCUGAGAACUUCCUGGCCUUGCUUCAAGGAGAGAAACCUCAAUCUUGCAACAUGUGCAGUGGUAAAACUCUGAAGAGUGACAGCAAUGAUCAUGUCUUUGUUUACUUUGCUGACCACGGAGCAACGGAUCUGAUUGCCUUCCCUGACGGAGAGUUGGAAAAGGAUGACCUGAUGAAGGUCCUGAAGAAGAUGCAUAGGCAACAGAAGUUUGGAAAGCUUGUAUUCUACCUUGAAGCCUGUGAGAGUGGAUCCAUGUUUGAUGGAAUGUCAAAGGAUCUUAACAUCUUUGCAACAACUGCAGCAAACCCAGAUGAGUCUUCCUGGGGUUACUACUGUAAUAACUCUAUGGAUAACUGCUUGGGAGAUGAGUAUAGUAUUCACUGGAUGGAGGACUCUGAUGUGGAGGACCUGAGCACAGAGACUUUGGACAAGCAGUUCCACAUCGUAAAGCAAGAGACAAAGAAGAGCCAUCCUCAGGAGUAUGGUAACCUGACAAUGUCAUCAGCUACAGUCAAUCAGUAUCAGGCCAGUCAGGGUGGUGAGAUGCAUAUCAUGAAGGAUGUCCUGGUCCGUGAGCAGACUCCCAUCAGUGAGCUUGAUUUUGUGCCAUCUCGAGAGGUUGAGAUGACUAUGCUGUACCGUCGUCUGAUGAAGACCACUCACCCUACAGACAGAGAUGCUAUACUCAAGAAGAUCAUGGUCCUGGCUCAGACCCAGCGUAACAUCAUCCAGACCAUGCGUAGCAUCAUCAUGUCUGUGACCUCUGACCCCGAGGCUGUAGAAGCUCAUCUCCAGCGUCCUGAACAGCUCAGGGUCGUCGACUCUGUUUGCUACCAUAGCGCCGUCAAACUCUUCUCAGAUACUUGCUUCAGGCUUGGACAGAAUGACUAUGCUAUGGGCAUUAUCUAUGCCUUUGCCAACAUGUGUAAUGAGAAUGUCCCACAAGAUAGGAUCUUGAAUGCCAUCAAGAAUGUCUGCUAGAGUGUACAACCAAUCCAGUUGACUCAGUAAUCUGAUAGAAACUGAAAUAAGCUGCUGCAGUCUUAAGGGUGUAUUCCAAAAUAAAUCCAAAUUUACUGAAUAUCAUUUCCAGUGAUCUGUGGACAUAAUGAAGAAUGAUUGUGUACUAGGUGCCUGUGAUUAACUGAUAGUGCUCUAAUGAACAUCCAUGAAUUAUGGAAUGUUAAGCACAUACCUGGGUGGAGUUGUUUUGCACGACUGGAACAUGUUCUUAGAUGCCACGUCAGCACAAGAAAGGGUUAAUAGUUGUAUGUAUGAAACCCUAUAAAAAGUGAUGGAGACCCACCAUGUUAAAGGGGUUACUAAUUAUGCAAUCUUGAUUGUCACUUGGUGUACCAUUUCUUUCUAGGUGGUAUUUUGUAUCUGAUUUUGAAAUAUUUUGUAUUUUCCCUCCACAAUGUUGUAUGUUUAAUACACAAGUUUUUAAUGUAAAG